AUUUUUUAUAUGAUCAGUUACAGGACAGAGAAAUGAAAUAAAAACACAUGUUGUUUGCCAUUGUGCUGCUUCUUUCAUCCAUCUAUCCGUCCUUCUGUUUUCGCCCGCUUAUCCAGGGCCAGGUUGUGGUGCAGCAGGCCAAGCAAAGUAUUCCAGACGCCCCUCUCCCCAGCGACUCUUUCCAGCUCCUCCUGGGGAACCCCUGAGGUGUUCCCAGGCCAGAUGAGAUAUGUAAUCCCUCCAGCGUGUUCUCGGUCUGACCCGGGGCCUCCUACCAGUGGAACGUGCCCAGAACACCUUAACAGGAGGCGCCCAGGAGGAUCCUGAUCAAAUGCCUGAACCACCUCAACUGACCUCUUUCGACACGCAGGAGCAGCAGCUUUUUUUCUAUCCAGAUUAAAACUCAGGUCUUGUAGAAAAACACAACAGAAAAUCUAAAGAUCUCCCAGAACAUAUCCCUUAACGUGAAGACUGAUGCAUUUUAAUAAACUGAGGUAAAACAAAAGUUACUUUAGAUUUCCUUUACUCUGGGUUUCUCUCAGGUCAGUCUGACACACUGAUUCACAUGAGUAGUUUUUGCUGUAGGGCCUCAGACUGCAGGUGUGUUCCUGAACAGAUGAUGGCAGCAGAGGCUUUUUAAGGGCAUUAGGAGUUGGGUUUAAAAAAGAUUCAAGGUUCAAGAAGUUUAUUGUCAUACACAGUAAACACAGUGGUUUACAGCAUACAGUGAAACUCUUCAUUGUUGGUGUCAGUUCAGUUUUCAGUUUUAUCUAUGAAGCCCAAUAUCACAAAUCACAGUUUGCCUCAGAGGCUUUUCAGCACAUGACAUCCCUCUGACCUUUGACCCUCACAGUGGAUCAGGAAAACUCCCCCAAAAAAGCCCAUCGCACUCACUGACUGCUACAACUUCAUCUGACUUGUUGCAAUAUUUUCAGAUUAUUUAAUUCCUUUUUUUUCCUUUCUUCAAACGCUGCCCCCUGUUAACUAUCUGUGACCUUUUAUAUUUUAUAAAUCAGUAACAGCUGUGCAUCUGUCUAUAUGUUAGUGUGUCCAUAUUGUCUCCAUCUGUGUGCAGUCAUUGGUGAAGGGAUUAAAAAACAUUUGCAGAUGAUGUGGCUCUGACAGGCCCCAGUUACAGAGCUGAGAUUGAGCCACUUCUACAACUGGUGCUCAGAUAACUCACUGGUUUUAAGCACAAAGAAAACCAAACAAAUUCACAUCCAUUGCAGAAGAAAAUCCUCUCUGUCCCUAACAGCAAUGCUCGGUUUGCAAAGGCUCAACAGCGUCUCUAAAGGAAGUUUUAACCGUGUUGAUAUUAAGACUUUCAUUCAGAGUAUAUUGACAUUUAGUAUUCAGAGUUGGGGAGGAGGCACUGUCUGUACAAAACAAGAACAAACUGUCUGGAGAACCAACGUGCAGUGUUCCUCGCAUGACACAUCAGAACAUAAUGAAUCUAUCUCAUAAGAUCACAGCCGAUCCACAGACAUCUCUACCUUCAGGGAGCAGGUAUGCAGACUAAAUGAGGCGUCACAACAUCUGUCCCACAAACGAGCUCUGAUCACAUGAUCUUAUUGAUUUCUCAAUGAUCGUGCUUUUUAUGACACUUUUGUGAUGCUUGUUUUAUGUGAUGUGGUGUUGAUGUGUUUCUUUUAUGCUCAGUUGUGCGGAACAAAUCCCCCUCGGAGCAGGAAAGGUUUUAUUUAUUUCUACUCCAGCACGUUUCAGAGGGAAAUAUUGUAACCUACUUUUUACUCAACUGCUUCUCUAACAGGUGUACUAACAGUUACUUUUCAGAUUUAUACUUUGCAUUAAAAACACAAUGAGCCCAUUAAAUACAAGACGUCAAAAAAUAAAUCAGUGGUUCCUCAUGUUUUUGGCUGAUGACCCAUUAAAGGAAAGCAGUGUCUGGUUGGGUCCCUCGUCAUGUUUUAUAGUUGUUAGCAUCCACUUUAGACUUCUCACAUGGUUUAAUUUAAAUAACUGUUUGAGGCCCAAAGAGGUCAGAUUAUCCAAAAUUUCACAACAAAAGCAAAAACUGAAUAAAGAAUUAAUGCAGCAGAGGGGUGAAGGGGUCCGAACUUUCCCUCGGAGGUUGGGCCUUUUUCUUUCGCUAGAUUAACUGGAUUAUAAGAGGAUCACUUUCUGACAGGUUGUCUUAAAUUUGUUGGACUGAAGUGUUUGUGUAUUUUGAUAAUACAAAUUAAAACAUAAAAUCAGUGUUGGGGUGUAACCCCUUAAAUCUGUGGAUGGCCCCAGAGAAACCACUGUGGAAGUCACUGUAUUAAUAAACACUUGACAGCAUUGAUGGAAGACGAAUUCAGGGACCAGUUGCACAAAACUUUGCUUUUUAGGACCAAUAAAAACGAUGAAACAUUACUAUUGCAAUUUCUCUUUCUCUUGAGCUCGACUUACUGGACCAUAAGCACGUCUUAGUGUGAUGCCGUGACACAAAGGCCCUAAAUUGUGACCCCUGAAUUUAUCUUGUGCCUCUAAAUAUAUAUUGGUAACCUUUAAUAUGUUAUGUGGGUGUCUCUCUCUCUCUAAUGCAAUUUUCCCUGGUCAAAGCACAGUCUGACUGGACUACAUCUAUAUUAGAGUGGUCUCCUUAUUAUGGGAUGUUCAUAUAAAGCAGCCCCUUGUCUCUGACAGUCUUCCUGUGCUCUGCAGCCCCCUGCAGGCUCAGGCCGGUACUGCUACAACCAGCCAUAAUAGGCAGUAGGAGUGGAUGAUCCUGAACCGAGCAGUCAGUCUGUCUUCACAAGGAGCACUGCUGUCGGAGGUGAUACCGCCCUCCUCCUCCUCCUCCUCCUCCUCCUCCUGCUGCUGCCAAACCGACCGCCUCGCUUCCAGCUUGACACCGGAGCCGGUGACCGGAGCCACCGGAGCGGGAUGCAUCGAUCUGUUUGGUUGUAGUGCUUCUCUCCGGCGGGUCCUCCAUGCGUCAGGAAUGGAUCAGGAAUCCGGUGCGGCGUCCGCAGGGAGCUUCAUCUCCCUGAACGAGCACGAGCAAAGGUAUUACUCAGGUCUCCACAGCCUGUGCCAGGCGGACCCCUCAGGAGCUCUGUCGUCCAGCAAAGUGGCGGAGCUGUUCAAGGCGUCUCAGCUGCCUCCUGAAGCCCUGCAUAAAGUGACCGAGGUGUGUGGAGCGAAACGUCUGGGCUACUUUGGUACGCCUCAGUUCUUCGUGGCCCUGAAGCUGCUCGCGGCCGCCCAGUCUGGUCUGCCCGUCCACCUGGAGAGCGUAACGACCAAUCUACCUCUGCCCAGAUUCGCUGGGCUGAAGAAUGAAGCAGAGAUGCGAUACCCAACCGUCCCUCCAAGCAUGGACGUUCAGGGGGCUCAGUGUGGGACUGCACCUGGCUCCAUCUCCUGGACUCCAGCAGACAGGAGCACCUUCAGACACCUGGAGGCCAACGUAGAGAGAAAGGAGCCUUGGUCCCCACCACGAUCACCGGCCACUUCACCACCUCGAUCCCCCCUGACCUACCGCGGCUACCCGUAUGCCAAGCAGAGAAACGGGGCUGACUCACAGAUCGGUAAGACAACUUCCAGUCCAGUGCAGACACACCUCAUCUGUUCGAUUUGGGCCUAUGAAAGCAAACAUUCCUCACGGCCGGUCGUUCAGCUGGAGCAGCAUUCCUCGCCCAGUAACUACGGGACCAAACCCACUGUGGAGCAUCCUGCCAUGGCUCGGGCUUCUUCAUCAGAGAGGCUGGACCAGCAGGGAGCAGUAGACUACUCUGACGAUGACCCCUGGAGGAUCACAGAGGAACAGCUGGAGUAUUACACUAAUCAGUUCAAGAGCCUGCAGCCUGACCUGGGGGCUCUCAUUCUGGGAACCAUUGCAAAGAACUUCUUCACAAAAUCCAAGCUCCCCAUACCAGAACUUUCCCACAUAUGGGAGUUGAGUGAUGUGGAUCGAGAUGGAGCUCUGACGUUCUCUGAGUUCUGCACAGCCUUUCACUUGAUUGUAGCACGCAAGAAUGGUUACCCUCUCCCAGAGAGCCUUCCCCCAACCCUGCAGCCAGGGUUCAUGCAGCAGGAAGAGGACAUACCGGAUACUCCUGAGAGUGCAGAGCCUCUUAUUGUGUUUGAUGAUGCUGUUCCACGGCCUAGUCACAUGGAUCGGAGCAUUAUAGAGAGGCUCCAGCCAGGCCUCGCCACGACAAAACAAGAUUUGAGAGAGGAAUCAUGUAAACAAGAUGUGGGUGUGAAGAGGGUGGCAACAUCUCAAGAGAAACAGACUCUGCAACUUCCUGAGAGGCCAGAGCCGCCUCAGGACCUGGACCCACACAUGAGGACAAAAACUAGACCGAGGUCCUACUCCAGCACCUCUAUUGAAGAGGCGAUGAAGAAAGCAGAAGAGCCUCCCACUCCUCCACCUCGACCCCAGAAGACCCACUCCAGAGCCUCCUCGCUGGACCUCAACAAGCUCUUCCAGCAGGGCGCUCCAGGCAUUAAAAGUGGAUGGUUGCCGCCUCCUCCAGCCCUCCCUCCCAGACCAUCAACCUCACAGGUUCCUCAUUUUAUCACCGUAUCAGAGAAAACUCCCCAGAAUAAAGUGCAGCAGCCAAACUUUGCUGACUUCAGUCACUUCAGAGAAGAGGAGGAGAGCAGUGUGAAACCUGAGGAACAGGGGCCGCGCUCUAGAUUUGGAAGAAGUACUGAAGACCUGACGAAUGCUUCGAAACAGGACGUGAUCGGAGUCUCUCACAGUCAGCCGCCACAGAAGCCAGUCCGCAGGAAAUACCACCCAGAGAGCCAGAACCUGGAGACGCUACCUCCACCUGCCAUGCCGUUUCCUACGCCCACCAAACCUGCUCAAAAGCUGCUGUCCAAACAGAAGAGAGAGAUCCAGAUGGCGAUUCGCAAAAACAAGGAAACCAACGCAGUGUUGACGCGCCUCAAUAGCGAGCUCCAACAGCAACUCAAGGUGGUUCACCAGGAGAGGGUCACCUUGGAGUCCCAGCUGGAGCUCCUGCGGCCUCUGGCCUCGACGUGACUGAGCCUGAAGUCUGGUCAGAGUCAUGUUACGUUAAUGUCUUGAUAAAACAUGAAUGUUUGAGCCAAGAUACAGAAAGUUGUCGUCUUUUGUCAUGAAUGCAUUAUAUAUGUGUAAAAGGGGUGACGAUGGGGAUUAACAGGGAUGUGACGCUGGGAUUUCUCUGAUGAUCAGCUCCAGUCUCACAUCCAGAUGUUACUCUGUGUUACUUUUAAUGUUUUACAGGAUUAAACCAUGUUUUUUUUAAACCAUUGUAUGAUAUGCACAUGUAAAUGAUCCUGUUAUUCAUUGUGACGUUCUAACUUAUUUCAGUCUCACCCAUGAGUCUUACCUUGCUUACAUUCAUGUAACAGUCUGUGCCCAUCUUGUCACGACUCAGAUACAUGUUUCAUGUGUGUUACAUGUUCUGUGUUAAUGAUGGGAACUAAAGUGCUCUCGUUCUUUUCUCAGUCUAUGUAUACAGUGCAUUUCAUGUGUAUCCAUGUGUGGUCUAAAGCAAGUAAUGGUGCUACAGAUUAGUUUUGAAUCUGAUUACUUUUUGCACUUAAAGUAAAAAAAAAAACACAUUUGCCAGGUUGUUUUUAAGGUUUGAAAAGCUACGUUAGAUAUGAGUUGGAUUUUGUUAAGCUUCAGAUUUCCAGCCUGCGUACAAGAUUUGAAUGUUGACCCGUCUCACACUGGAUUUGUAUGAAAUAUGGACAUUUUACUUGAAAUUUUGCUCCGUCUUUAACACAGGCACUGUAUGACUUGAUUUUUUUAACCCUUGUAUGUUUGUUAUCACACGAAGAGCUACUUCUGCACUGCAAGUCUGGAGAAAAAAAUUCAGGGCCAAUAAAAAGUCCAGAAAAGCGAAGAAAUAAGCACAAUAUUCCUCUGAGGUUUUGCAAGAUAGAUUUCAAAACAGCUAAUGUCAGGUAGGGUUUUGAUUUCAUCUAUGCAAAGAUGUGGUGCUGCUUCAGCUUGCUUUAGACCAUGUACCAUCAGGAACAAUCAGGAUGUGUGGAGGGAAAAAAAUGACGUGGUUGAAAUACAUGAUGGCAUGCUUGAUACUGCAUGUUUGCUAAAAUGAUGUGAGCCUUGGACUGUAAACUCACCUUGAAUCAUGCACAACUACUGAGCUCUGGGCUGAAGACAAUAAUCAAACUAAUCAAUAAAGUUGUCUAUUUUUAUUGCUUGUGAUUACUUUA